CACAAUCGAUCAGAUCCGUCAGAUCAUGGACAGAAAAGCCAAUAUUCGGAACAUGGCUGUUAUUGCUGAUGUGGAUCAUGGAAAAUCUACAAUAACAGACUCCCUUGUUAGCAAAGCUGCUAUCAUUCCUACUGAUGAGAAAGCUGGAGAGUCAAUGAAUGCACAUUCUCUUUAUUAUGAAUUGUCUGACGGAGAUAUGCAAUAUAUCACGGGGGAAAAAGAUGACAAUGGAUUUCUCAUCAAUUUGAUUGAUUCAAUGGGACAUUUUGACCUUUCAUCAGAGGUUACAGCUGCUCUGCGUGUUACAGAUGGUGCACUGGUUGUGGUUGACUGUGUUAGCGGUAUUAGUGUUCAAACUGAAACUGUACUUCGCCAAGCAAUUGUUGAACGUGUCAAGCCUAUUGUUUUCAUGGACAAGAUGGAUAGGGCUCUCUUGGAACUACAGCUUGAGAAAGAAGCUCUUUAUCAAACCUUCUUUGGAGUUAUUGAAAAUAUCAAUGUCAUUAUUUCAACAUUUGGUGGCAGCAGAGAAACAGAAGCUAUCGGAGAUAUCCAGGUUUUUCCAAACAAAGGAACAGUCGGUUUUGGUUCCGGACUCCAAGGAUGGGCAUUCUCUCUUAAGCAAUUUGCUGAAAUGUAUGCAAAUAAAUUUGAAACUACUUCUGAAAAGUUGAUGGACAAGUUAUGGGGAGAUAACUUCUUUGAUGUGAAAACCAAAAAAUGGUCUAAUACCAAAACAGAUACAAAUGAGCGUGCCUUCUGCCUUUAUGUGCUGGAUCCCAUUUACAAGGCUUUCGAUGCUAUAAUGAACGAUAAAAAAGAAGACAUUGAAAAUGUGAUGAAAGUCACUGGUGUUUCAUUGAAAGGAGAUGAUAAGGAUAAAACUGGUGAACCGCUGAUGAAGGUCUUCAUGCGCACUUGGCUGCCAGCUGGUGACACUUUGCUGCAGAUGAUAGCAAUCCACUUACCAUCACCUGUGACAUCACAGAAGUAUCGUAUGGAACUUUUAUAUGAAGGUCCUCAAGAUGACGAGGCCGCAAAAGGUAUUAAAAACUGCGAUCCUAAAGGACCUCUGGUAAUGUACAUCAGUAAAAUGGUGCCUACAAGUGACAAAAGCAGAUUCUACGCUUUUGGCAGAGUUUUUUCUGGAACUGUUGCCACCGGGCAGGAAGUUCGAAUCAUGGGUCCUAAUUAUGUUCCUGGUAAAAAAAAAGACUUGUACAAGACGCAUAUUCAAAGUACUAUUCUUAUGAUGGGAAGUUACAUUACAACAAUCAAAAACGUGCCAUGCGGUAAUAUUGCUGGUUUGGUAGGAGUGGAUCAGUAUCUGGUCAAGACUGGAACCAUCACAACUUUGACAACCGCUCACAACAUGAAAAUGAUGAAGUUCAGUGUGUCGCCUGUGGUGCGUGUUGCAGUGGAACCUAAAAAUCCAAGAGAUCUGUCUAAGCUUGUAGAAGGACUGAAAAGAUUGGCAAAAUCUGAUCCUAUGGUUCAGUGCAGCAUUGAAGAGAGUGGAGAGCACAUUGUUGCUGGGGCAGGAGAAUUGCAUCUUAAGAGUUGCAUGAAAGAUUUAGAGGAAAAUUAUGCCAACAUCCCACUGAAGAUAUCUGACCCGUUUGUAUCUUACCGUGAAACUGUGAAGGAUGAAUCUGAUCGCAUGUGUCUUUCGAAAUCACCAAAUAAACAUAAUAUAUUGUACAUGAAGGCAAAAGCAUUUCCUGAGGGUUUGGCUGAAGCUAUUGACGACGGCGAUGUCGCUCCUAGACAAGAUAUGGAAACAAGAGCUCGUUUCCUGGCUGAAAAAUUUGAAAUGGACGUUAAUGAAGCCCGCAAGAUCUGGUGUUUUGGACCUGAUAAUACAGGCCCUAACCUUCUAAUGGACGUGACCAAGGGUGUUCAAUAUCUGAACGAAAUCAAAGAUUCGGUUGUUGCUGGAUUCCAAUGGGUAAAUAAAGAAGGUAUCCUAUGUGAGGAGAAAAUGAGGGGAAUUAUUUUCAACGUUCAUGAUGUUAUAUUGCAUGCUGAUGCUAUCCAUAGAGGAGGUGGACAAAUUAUUCCAACCACAAGACGGUGCAUCUAUGCGUGUCAAUUAACAGCUUCACCUGCGCUACUUGAACCAAUGUAUUUGGUUGAGAUUCAGUGUCCUGAAACCGCUGUCGGAGGAAUCUAUGGCGUACUCAAUCGUCGUCGGGGACAUGUGUUUGAAGAAGGCCAACACACUGGAACUCCUAUGUUCAACGUGAAAGCUCAUUUACCUGUGAAUGAGUCAUUCGGAUUUACUGACGAUCUUCGCUCCAAUACCGGUGGCCAAGCUUUUUUUCACAGUGUUUUUGAUCACUGGAACAUUGUUCCUGGAAAUGCAAUGGAUUUAACGUCUAAGCCUGGUGUUAUCGUUGCCGCCACAAGAAAACGAAAGGGCCUUAGUGAAGAGAUACCACUACUCGACCAGUACUUGGACAAGCUGUAAAUAUAAAAGUCAUGAAACUGUUACCAAUGCUGCGUGAACCAUAUUAUAGAAGAUGUAUUAAGUUUCCUGUUGAUAGAUAUUUCACUCAAAUUCCGUACAUUUUGAUCAGUCAUGUCAGUUCUUUUGAAGAAGCGGACUUCGAUGUAACAUAUUCAAAAUGAUAACUGUAAAUAGUAAGAUGAAAGAUUUAUUGUAGAAUUUUGCUCAAAUGAAAUAUGAUCCACGUAAUCACGGAUAUGUCCGAGUGGAUCGGGGACGCUCAUUCGGCUCGACAAGAGUCCACUGCCAUGUAUGGGCCAUGUUCAAAUUGUUUUAUAUAGUUACGUCAUUUUUGGCUCAGUGUUGACUCGACUCGAGUCACUUUGUUGUGAAUCGAACAAUAAAAAUGUAAUGAAUCGAACUAUCAUGUGUAAGCAAUCGCCAGUGAGACUUCGCCCAAUAACUGAAUAUACUCUGAACUAGAAUGGCCCGGUACUCGCUCCUUAUAGGAUAUUAUAUCAAACGCUGCUUCUGCCACAAAUUGUAACUAUAAACGGUAUCCUAAUUUGCACCAAUACUAAUGAAUUUGAUAUAUUGUCUGACAUAUUGAUGAAAUAAGUCUCUUUAUGUAAGUGUAAAUAAUAUUUUCUGACUUUUUUAUUAGUUGUGCACCCAUUUCAACGACACCAGAAUGUCGUUUUAUUUGGCAUCAUGUUGCGGUAUGUGCAUCAAGUAUGUUAUUGUUCAUAUUUAUGUAUGUUUCUCAGUCUCCUAGUAAUCUAUUUCAGUUAAAAUGAAAAAAAUUGAUCUAGGUCUCUCAAUAUCUUCUUACUCAAUGAUCAUGUUCAGUAUUAGAACACAGGGACAAAUUAUUUUGUGGUAAAGUCUAGUUUUAUUCAGAAAUGAAAUAGAGAAAGUAUUGGAGCGAGAACUCCUUUAUUUGUAUUUUUGCUGUCUUUGUAAUAAGGCCAUUAUUAAUUUUUUCAAGUUUGUUCUAAACGAUCAUUAAAAUAAGUGAUUCGGUGUAAGUUUGAAUUGUUUAACAUUUUUUAAUCAGGGAUAUUUACAAAAGCCAAAAAUGUCUCGGUACUUUUAUUGCAGCGGUUACCAAUGGGGGCGUUCACGUUAGCGAUCAGACAAAGUGAAUGGUCAUAACUGGGGAAGGGGAAACUAAAAAACACUUGGACACAACUCAAGUGGCGUGGCCUAUUCUGUAUUUUAAUUACGGGGAAUGGACAAAAGAUUUAUAAUGCAAAUAAAACCCCAUGUUUGUAUCUGUUAUUUCUAUUACAAUUUGGUUAGUUUUUCUCCAAUGAAUAAAAAAACAUAUAAGUCGGCGACUGGAGUUUAGCACCAGGCUAUCGAAAGUAUUGAACCGGCAUCGGCAAGCAUUUGUAGGGAAUAUUAGUAAUUUAUUGUUAAUUACACUUCAACGCAUACAAAUGCUCAGAUUCAAACUUUGAAACCAACAAUACAAAAAAUGAACUAAAAUUUCAAACCAUUGGAAUAUGAAAAAAUAUGCCUCCUGGAAAUCCCACAGGCUCCGAGGAUUUCAAUAAUAUCUUAAAAUUAAUUAAUCAUUUGAACUUUAUUAAAGAAAGGACAUUAUUGGAAAACAAGCCGUCCUCCGAAGAUAACAUAAACGAUAUAUAUAUAAUAUAGCCAAAAGCAACGCUGAAGACGACUUUAUAUAUGCCUUGUUGUUUAUAAGUCAUCCCAAUAUUUUAUCCGCAUUUUUCAUGAUAACGCUUGCUUUGGGGCAUUGUAUGUUUUAUAUGUUUUUUAGAGGGCGAGCAUAAUUUCAAUGCCUAGAACUAGAACAACACCGAAAUACGACAAAGCUAGGCAAUUUUGGUUUGAUUUCAGGAACCCAAUUCGUCAACCAAAUCCCGCAGAGCCUGAUUCAAAUUUAAAUAUCGUAUUUCCCGGCGAAUAAGUCUCUUUUCUAGGCCCAUAUUUUGGCAUGAUUUCGGGGGUCGUCUUAUUAGGCGAGUAUGAUAGUUAUUUUGGUGUCGCCCUAUUAUUCAAUUCGUACCAUAGAAUACCAAAUACCUUCGGCGAUAGCAUCCCCACGUUUUCAUCAUUUCGGUGUUGUUUUAGAUUGGUAAUGUUCCUAUAUGGUGCACGCAAUCGCGAGUUUGGUUGAACACAAUUAGAUUAAAAUUGAAAGACAGUUUGAAUUCUCGUAUAGUUGUUAUGGAUUGAAUAUCACUCUAAAAGAAAAAGUCAUUAUAGGGUAUUUCAACCAAUGCGCAAAGGCGGCGACCGCUCAAAAGCCUCUGCAUGGUAAUUUGAGAUUCCGAUGUUGAUGCGAUUUUACUACUCGUCUUAUUGGCAGGUUAUAUGCGAAAAGCCAUUUUUCAGGCUUAAAAAUGGAUCUCGUCUUAUUCACCAGGUAGACUUAUUCGCUAGGAAAUACGGUACGUCAAAUAGAGAAGACACCGAAACUGUUGGGCAUAUCGAUGCUUCCCAUACUUCUAAUAACCCACCCAAUCUAUGCCCCGAUCUCUCUGCUUGAAUUUUCAACUCCGUUGGUGAUAUGUUUUUUAUAUCAGAUGUGAAUAUUUUGUUUGUGUGAGUUAUAUACUUGAAAAAAUGUGUAAAAUAAAAUCAAAAAUAAAAUGAAUGAAAAAAAAAAUAUAU